CAGGUUCUGGACUUUACAUCAGCACUCUCAGAGUUCAGAUCCAGGCCUUGUUUUUGUUGUCAGGGCCCCUGAGGGUCUCACCUUAGGUUUGCUUCAACACUGAUGACAGAUUCCAGACUCUACGACUCUUAUUGUGUUUAUUUAGACAGUUUGGAAAAGGAGUAAAGUCAGAUGUGUGAAGAGCUAGAGGCAGUGAAUGAAAGAAGAGGGAUCAUGUUUCGUUAAGAGCCCACCGUUGAUUCCAGACUCAUUGCUACAGGCGGGUGGAGUUAAACAGCGGCACGGCACACUCCUCCCUCCAUGUCAUGGCCAUUCCCCCUUGAACGAGCCAUCCCAGCUCCACAGCUCCUCACUUCAGCCCUGGGCCGGGAAGCAGCAGCUGUGUGUGAGUGAGUAGUGCUUCAGAAUAACAUUGACUUAAAAAUCAGAAGGGUCUGAAUAUAAUCUUUUAUGAAAGUGGUUUUGCUGUGUGAAUAGUGAUCAAUAUUUUACCAUGAUUGUUUGUUGUUUAAUAUUUGUAUUAAGUAAUAUGUCCGUUGAUAUCAGUAAAACUUAGUUACUAUGAAGUUGUAACUCUAUAGUUCUCAUUUUUGGGACUUAUAGAUUCUCUUUAAAUGGUAAUUUAUAGAGCACCUGGUUGUGGUGGUACUGUUUUAUUCAUGAAUUAUUUUUAAAGCAUUUGUAUUCUUUUUAGUAUUUCUUUUUAACCAUAGAGUAGGUUUUUGAAUAUCUUUUGUGAGUCGUAGUUGUAGAGUCUUGUGAUGUAUUAGAAUGCCUAUCUAGGUGCUUAGCACAUUUGACCCCACGUAAAAGGACAUAGGAAACCUCACACACAGUCAUGCUCCAGGUUUUGCUUCUUCUGGCGGCUCUUAUUGAGUGUCCACCCUGUUGGGCCCACAAUACGGGCUCCGCUCCCCUCAUUAUCCAAUAUCGUGUCUGGGAAGAACAGCCCUCAGGGACUAGGGUGGGUCGCCUGCUGGAUGACCUACGUGAGCGUGGGGUGACAGGGUCACUGGAAAACUUCCGGGUCGUGCCACACGGACACGCCCCACCAGUCACGGUUGCUUUAAGGGAUGGUACCGUGUCAACACUUGGCCGGCUGGACCGCGAGGAGCUAUGCUCGGGUGCAGAACUUUGUGAACUGGCCUUCAGUGUGCUCUACAGAAAGGGUGGUGCUAUGCAUUUCCUCUCAGUUCAUGUGGAGGUGAUGGACCUUAAUGACCACAGCCCAGUCUUUCCCAGUCUAGUGCAGGAGGUGGAGAUCUCGGAGACGGCCUCACUAAAAAUGCGCAUCCCUCUGGACCGUGCUGUGGAUCCAGAUUCGGGACCGAACGGCCUGCAGACUUACUCCCUGUCUUCCAACCUGCACUUUGCUCUGGAUGUCCGAAACUCUGGAGGGGCCAAGCAGGCCGAAUUAGUGAUCAUCAAAGAAUUGGACAGGGAGUUGCAGCCAUCUUUAGAACUGGUUCUGACAGCCUGGGACAAAGGGAACCCACCAAAAUCAGGCAGCACAAAAGUUAUAGUCAAGAUUCUCGACUCCAACGACAACAGCCCUGUAUUCGAGGAGGCCCCGACAGUUAUUGAGCUAGCAGAGGACACAGUCCGCGGGACGAUAGUCAUCAAUCUCCGCGCCACAGACCCUGAUCAAGGUGCUAACGGAGAGGUUGAGUACUCCCUCAGUAAACAUGUCCCACUGGGAGUGCAAAGACUAUUUAGCAUCCAUCCCAAAACGGGUGCUUUGACUUUACAAGGUCCUUUAGAUUUCGAAGAAAAGAAUGUGUAUGAGGUAGACAUCCAAGCUCGAGAUCUGGGGCCCAAUGCUAACCCGUCCCACCACAAGUUGCAGAUUAAAUUGCUAGAUGUCAAUGAUAACGCUCCUCGGAUACACAUAACAUGGAAUCCACAAAACUCCCCUGUUGCAACGGUCUCAGAGGGAGCACCCAAUGAAACUUUCCUUGCUCUCGUGAUGGCGUCUGAUGCAGAUUCUGGGGCAAACGGGCAGGUACAAGUACACAUUCUGAGUGGAUCUGGCCCCUUCAGACUCAAACAAAUCCAUGGAGACAAUUACAUGAUUGUAACCAAUGAUACUCUGGAUCGUGAGAGACAGAUGGAAUAUAACCUUACUCUUCUAGCGCAAGACAGUGGCGAUCCUUCUCUGACCUGCGUUAAGCACAUGACUGUCCAUGUUUUGGAUGAAAACGAUAACGCACCAAUGUUUACCAAAAGUCACUACCGGAGUGUCCUCAAAGAGAACAACACACCUGGUUUCCAUUUCUUGACUGUGGAGGCACAUGAUGAUGACCUGGACCUCAGUGGAAGGGUAUCAUUCUCCAUUAAAGAGUCAAAUGAACUGGGGACACCAACAGCAUUUUUCUCUGUCCACCCCAGCAGUGGGGCUGUAACUGUCCAGCAAUCGUUAGACUACGAGGAAUCCCGUUCCUACUCAUUUAUUGUUGAGGCUGUAGAUCAAGGAUACCCACCAAAGACCAGUAGUGCAGCAGUGCUGGUUGAGGUACAGGACGUUAAUGACAAUCACCCCAUAAUCCAUGAGCCACCUACCAAGAAGGGAGUUGCAUUGCUAAAUGUCCCAGUGAAUGUGGACAAAGGGGAGAUUGUGACUGAACUUGGAGAUAAAGCCCCAGAGGAUAACUUCCACGAACCAAGAAAUUACUCGUCCCUCAAUAAACCCGAAGGUUUUCUGGCCACUACCAUUCGGGCCAGUGAUCCAGAUUCUGGUCUCAAUGCAAGGCUCAGUUUUGGAAUAACAGAUGGCAACCCUUCUAACGUAUUUUUUCUUGACAAAGCUACUGGGCAACUCUACGUGAACACAUCUAAUGCAACAGAAUUGAUCGGCAGAACUUUUAAGCUGGGCAUAGCGGUAUCUGAUAUGGGAACGCCUAUGCUCACCACAAGAACCAACUUGGAAGUAACUUUCAUCAAUUUCCGUGACCACCUGAGGAACUUGUCUCGCGAUAACCAGGCCAAGUACAGUUUUACAAUGCUUUUGGCCAUUUGCCUUGGAUCAACCUGCCUGGUAUUAUUUCUAGCCAUUGCUUUGGCCAAGACAUUCUGUCAUCCCGACAAACGGGAUAACCGUGCUUACAACUGUCGGCAAGCUGAGUCAACCUACACCCGUCACCCACGACGGCCUCAAAAGCACAUUCAAAAGACUGACAUCCAGUUGGUGCCAGCGCUUCGGGGUCGUAAAGAAACCCCACAAGAAGAUGAAGCUGAGGCAUUGUCAUCGACAUUACCCUUAGUUGAACAACCAAAUCCACAGGGCCAAUUUACACUUACACCAACCCUCGCUCGCAUGACUCAAAAUCAAGCUCAUAUGGAAAUGGACGGGAACCCCCCACUCACUCAAAGCAAGAUACUCAGAAAGCCUGGGAGCAUAGAGUGGAACGGGACACUUCCCUAUAACCCAGGAACACCCUAUCGAACCCUGCAAAAGACCAGAAAUUCUUCCACCUCUUCUUUCGCAAACUCCCAGACCAGCACACUUAGACGAAACAGAAAUGACGAUGUCAAGCCCAUGAACAUGGACCCCUCACAAACAAUGGCUUCAGUUCCUAGUAAUCAGGCCACAUUACGGAGACCAAAGGCCACAGAAAGAAGAGGACGGAUGGAAGAGUCCGACCACAGGCAGAUCCUGAGGAAUCUUGUUCGGCUCUCUAUGGCGGCCUUUGCAGAAAACGGUUCUAUUGAACUGUCCUCGGCCUCACCGGAGGUGCAACAGGUGUCUCAGCUUCUGUCUCUUUUGCAUCAGGGACAACUUCAGCCUCGACCAAAUUUCCGUGGAAACAAGUAUUCACACAGAACUGGCCGGUCAGGGGCUCAGGAUGCUGAUUGGCUGAGCACUAAAGACAGCGGUCAUGGCGAGAGUGAAAUGGGGGAUAUGGACUGGGAAACCGGCAGAGACUCGCCUGUCGACCCAUCAUAUGAAGAAGGCCUCACUAAUCUGCUGGCAUCUGACGAUGUGUUCUCAGACAUCCCCGAUCCAGCAUGGAUGGCCCGUCUCUCUCUCCCUCUGACGGCUGACUACCAUGAGAACGUGUUUGUCCCUGACGGGCCCCCGUCCCCUGACGCCGGGGGCCCCGAGGCCCGUCCCGAUGACCCCAGCUCGUUCUCCACCUUCGGGAAGAGCCCGGGGAAGAGCGCUCUGGAGGGCCGGGCGCUGAUGUCCGAGGUGAGCUCUCUGUUCGAGAUGCUCCUGACCCAGAAGGCCGAAGCCCAGUCGUGUCCUCGCGCUGACGUGCUCUACAGGCUCUCGGCCGCAUACAGGCGCUCGCUCGGCCUAGACACGCCACACACACACACUCCCCCAUAAUGCAGUGCGCCAACCCUAUGCCAUAACAACAGCAAAAAACAUUUCUGAUUUCUGGUGCCAUGUCAUUUUCGGGAUCCACGCAACCCAGACAGCAACAUAGUGUCGGCCCAGAUCCGGUCCACAUCCGGAUUAAACCAUAGACUGUAAAAAAAGACAGAAUUCACUUUUCUAUCAUUGGUGAAAGCCGGCGAAGUCAUAUAAUGGCGCAGAUUUGGGAGCUGAUUCUGCGCAGUAGUGAACGUGGAGUGUAGACGCGGUAUCACACACAAACACACACAAUAGUCAGUGUGAAGUGGAGUCGCGAUAUCAACAAGUUCCCUCCCGUUUAAAAAAAUAAAAAGAUUUUUUUAUUACAUACAAUUUUUAUGACUUGUUUGAACCCAACUUUGGGUCAAAUAUGGACAAACCCAGCAGUUGGGUUACAUUUUAAUCACAUUUUUAACGUUUGGGUGCAUCAAUAAUUUACCCAUUUUUUUACAGUUCACUGCAGAGCAACUCAUGUCAGUGUGAGAUACAGUGCUAAGCAGAAGUGCGCACACACACACACACACACACAUGCUAAAGCUGAUUGAAAAGAGGAAUACAAAUCAUAAUGCCUUACUUAAAAAAUGAGGAAAACUCCAACCUUUAAGAACACCAAUUUUCUUUGUGAAUGAAUAAUGUAUCGUAAAUAAAUAGAUGUUUUUUUCACAGGGUCACAAGAGGGGCAGAUUUAUAUUUCUAAAGCCAGUUAAUUCUUGGAUCCAGGACACUAACCAUAAUUAAAAUACAUCAUCACAAACAAAUAGACUUCACCACACACACUGAGUCGGCAUGGUGUAUUUCAGUUAGCCUAGCUGGUUUGAUUAGCAUUGAGAGAUCCUAAAUCCGAGGCCUCGAGAACACUACCUGAACCCUAAAAAACCCUAAUAAUGUCUUCCUUUUUCAACCAGGUCUGUCUGGAACAGGCCUUGACAAUAACGUUUUUACCUUUAUAAGAAUAAAAAAAUAAGACAAACCCUUGCCUGAAGCGUGAGUGUUGAUUCGAGGAGAUGUGAGAACACUCACUGAACCUGCAGGUCUGAUGAUCAACACACACUUUCUGAUGUCACUCCGUCCUCUGAUGUGAAUAUUUGUGUUUCGGGGUAGGUAUGUGACUAAUAUACCCUGCAAUGUGUUCUUUGACUACUGUAAUAGUCGUAAUUAAGCCGGACACUGUAAAUACGCGAAGCACUGAUCCCAGGUCAGUUCUGCUCUGAGUGCUAACGUUUGCUUAUUUUCCUUUUAAUGCCAUAAGUUAUUGAUAUCAAAACAAAGAUGUAUAAUUUUUUUGUUGUUAUAUCAUUUUGUAUAGGCCUUUUUAUUCAUAAUGUCAGCACUUUUUCUGCUUGUAAACCAUGUAAGAGAAAUAAAAAAAAAAA